AUGAUCAAGCUCAUGAGAGCAAAGGUAGUGGAGGGUAUUGAACAACGAAAGGGGCUCAGCGCACAACUUCACAGAAUACACAUGGCGGUUGAAUCCAGGUACUUGAAAAAUCUUGCCUCCAGUUUUCUCAUCAACGAGACUGAUCAAGGAACUUCUAGAAACACGCAUGUGCAAGCUGCGCAGGCAAACCACCGCCUCUCGAGUGAUCAGGGUUCGAGACGUGGGAAUGAUGCUGGAGCACGAGUAAGUUGAUUCAAUGUCUCGAUCAAACAACCGAGCUGAUACUGGUUCGCAGGGAGAGGAAGACCAAAUGUCGUUCUCGUCGUCGCCGUGUAGUACAACGAGCAAAUCAAGCAAAACAAGUCGACCGACGUUGCCAUCACUCAACUCCCUCAAUUUCGCGCCUGGGCCGACUGGCGCCCUGUUCGAGCCCCGGGCAACUCGACCAGCUGUACCUCGGGAACUUCAGCUAUGCGAGAAGUACAAGGCCAAACCGAUCGAAUACACCUGAUUUGAUAGGGGAAAAGGGGGGUGCAGAGUAAAUGUCGAUAAUCCGUCCUUCUGCCGGCGAUAGUGAGUUUUAAUCUUAAUAUUGAU